GUGUGCGCCUUCAUAAUUAAAGGACGCUUCCCAUAACACCCACCAUUAAAAGCUCUUCUCUGUUCCUCUUUCCUCUCUCUCUCUCUCACCCCUCUGUUCUAAAUUGCUCAUCUCUACCUCUGGCCACCCCUGCAAGCAAGAAGAGGCCGUGGAGAGGGAGACAAAUGUCUUUGCGGUUUUGGGCUCUCUCUGCAUCGCUUUCCAUCGCUCUUCUGGUCUCUUCCGCUUCGGCCUUGACUCCUGAUGGAGAAGCACUGCUGGAGCUAAAGGCGGCGUUCAAUGACACGAAACGGAUGCUGCGGAGCUGGCGGCGGGCCGACCCAAACCCCUGCGGGUGGACCGGCAUCACCUGCCAUUUCCCCGAUCUCAGAGUUCGGUCCAUAAAUCUACCUUAUAUGCAGCUCGGAGGCAUCAUCUCUCCAAGCAUCGGCAAGCUGCAGAGGCUCCAGAGACUGGCUCUUCAUCAGAACAGCUUGCAUGGACCUGUUCCGGCUGAGAUCAGAAACUGCACUGAACUAAGAGCACUGUAUCUGAGAGCUAAUUACAUACAAGGCAGUAUUCCUCCUGAGAUUGGAGAGCUUACUCAUCUGACCAUCCUGGAUUUGUCGAGCAAUCUGCUGAGGGGAACAAUACCUCCCUCAAUCGGUCGUCUCACCCAUUUGCGUUUUCUAAACUUAUCCACCAACUUCUUUUCUGGUGAAAUUCCAAAUGUUGGAAUACUAGGCACUUUCAGGAAUACCUCGUUUGUUGGAAAUUUAGAACUAUGUGGCUUGCCAAUCCAGAAGCUGUGCCGUCGUUCAAUGGGCUUUCCUGCAGUGCUACCACAUUCAGAUUCUUUUGAUUCACCAGGGAUCCCACAGAUCGCCACAAAAAGAACAACACAUUUUCUUAAUGGGAUUAUAAUAGGUGCUAUGUCUACAAUGGCCCUGGCAUUAGUUGCAGUCCUUGGUUUCCUUUGGAUCUGUUUACUAUCAAGAAAGGGAAAGGUAGAAGGCGAAUACAUAAAAGUGGAUAAACAGUUUGUUCAAGAUAUUGGUACCAAACUUAUCACUUUUCAUGGAAACCUUCCAUAUGUGUCCGGCGAGAUCAUAAAAAAGCUGGAGCUACUUGAUGAAGAGGAUAUUGUUGGAUCAGGUGGAUUUGGUACUGUCUACAAGAUGGUGAUGGAAGAUAAUAAUGUAUUUGCUGUCAAGAGGAUUGAUCGGAACCGUGAUGGAUCUGAUCAGAUUUUUGAGAGGGAACUCGAGAUUCUGGGCAGCAUCAGACACAUCAAUCUUGUUAAUCUGCGAGGCUAUUGUAGGCUCACUUUGGCCAAACUCCUGAUAUAUGAUUAUUUGGCCUUGGGCAGCUUAGACCACUAUCUGCAUGAACAUGGGCAAGAUGAACAACCCUUGAACUGGAACGCACGGAUGAAAAUUGCCCUUGGGUCGGCCAGAGGACUGGCAUAUUUGCACCAUGAUUGCUCUCCUGGGAUAGUGCAUAGAGACAUAAAAUCCAGCAAUAUCCUACUAGAUAGAAGCCUGGAGCCUCAUGUGUCAGAUUUUGGUCUUUCCAAGCUUCUUGUAGAUGAUGAUGCACACAUCACGACAGUUGUGGCUGGUACUUUUGGCUAUUUGGCACCAGAAUACCUGCAAAAUGGACAUGCAACGGAGAAAUCAGAUGUGUAUAGCUUUGGUGUGCUCUUACUAGAGUUAGUCACUGGAAAGAGGCCUACAGAUCCAUCCUUUAUCAAAAGGGGCCUGAAUAUUGUUGGCUGGCUGAACACAUUAUCAGGAGAGCAUCGGUUGGAAGAAAUUGUUGACGAGAAGUGUGGUAAUGUGGAUGUUGAAGCAGUCGAAGCAAUUCUUGAUAUAGCUGCAAUGUGCACCGAAGCAAAUCCAAAUGAUCGCCCUUCUAUGAACAGGGUAUUAAAAAUGCUGGAGGAGGAGAUUAUGUCACCCUGCCUGAGUGAUUUCUAUGAGCCUCACUUGGACAUUUAGGCCGACUCUUCAAAUUUGUGGAGCAGGGUUCUGUAUAUAUACACCACUUGUGAAUCAAGGCCAUUUCCUCCCAUCCCACCUAGGUGAAUUUGUACUUCGGGGGUGUGUUUCUUCUUACCAGAACUGUGGUUAUCCAGCAGGGGAUAUUGUUUGGAGUGCAUGUAUAGAUGAGAAACAUUGUGUAGUAGUCUUCCUGUCUGCUUUCAUUGCAGACCAGUUCAGUUUAUCAAGCUUAGCCUGAUGAAAAAGAAUGGUUCCUUGGUAACAAGAAAUCAGCAGUUUCUUGUUAUGAUGUGACCUUCAAUAUCAGAUACUGGCGGUAUUUUUUCUCAACAAACACAAAUAAUGGUAGGAAGUGCUGUGCCGAGUUCAACCA